UACACAAAGACGGUCCACCCUAUGCAAAACACACACUGCAGCUUUUCCACCUUCACACUCUCUUCACGGCCUCAGUGCUGCAGGACGUCGCUCUCCGACAGCAGACAGUGAUGGAUCAAACCUUCACCUGCUUCCUGCUCCUGCUGAGCUUGUCUGCGACUUUUGGCAAGUACGUUUACGUCAAGGAGCCAAAGACCUGGCACGACGCUCAGGAUCACUGCCGGCUGUUUCACACAGACCUGGCUCCGAUCAGCAACAGCCACGACAUGUGGCUCCUCAGUCGGCUCGUCGACGACUUCAGGAACUACUUUUGGAUCGGACUGGUGAGGAACACAGACGGCGAGACGUGGAUGUGGUCAGGAGGAGGACGGGUGUCCAGGUUUUUCUGGGCACAGGGUCAGCCCGAGAACAGAGAUGAUGAAGACUAUGGGCUGAUUCGUGACUUUGUGUGGCAUGAUGCAACACUACACCACAAUCUACAAUUCUUCUGCUACAGCGCCAUCGUGGUGAGGCAGAGAAAGACUUGGGAGGAAGCUUUGGACUACUGCAGGAAGCAUCACCACGACCUGGCCAGCGUGGCGUCGGAGACGGAGAUGUUGCUGAUCAAGAAAGAGUUAGACAAGAACGACACCACCGACUACGUCUGGGUCGGUUUGCAUUACUUCUCCGGACACUGGCUGUGGGUGGAUGGGCAGACGUUGAGUUACAAGGCCUGGGGUCAGGGGGGCAAACCUGCAUGUCCGGAAGUGAGGCUGGCGUGCGCGGCGCUGAGGAUGGAGGCACAAAAGCCGAGUACAGCGGGGAGUGGGGAGGACCCGACAGGAGGUCACGGAGGAGGUAUUCUGUUCAAUAAUGUGCCCAAUGUUUCAAGAAGCAGUGAUGCGACUGAAGAAGGAACAGAAAGUGUUUGGGAGGCCCGUCACUGCGAGGAGAGACACUAUUUUAUUUGCUACUGAGAGUUUACCGUGUGACACCGUCAGCUCGUGUAUUUGGUUUAUUAGUUUUAGUUCAACUUUGACUGUUUGAGUGAAAGAUUCAGCCGUUUUCCUUUUACUUCCUCUUGUGUGCCGUGUUUGUUAGUUUGUCUACUGUGCAAUGAAUCGACUGAAUAAAAAUGAUUCAUCAUCAAAAUGUUUUCAUUAUUUAAAUCACUUCUCAUCAGUUAUAAAAAACAGACUGCAGACAAGAAGUGGCGCCCCCUGUCUGCAGGCAGGG